AUGCUAUGCCUUCAGGGAAACCUCGGUAUACAUAUAGUGACUAACAUCGGUCCGACAAUCAAAUCAUCAGUACCAACGAACACGCUGUUGACAGGGCUUAAUGUUACUUGCGAGGCGGCUGAUAGCCGCAUUAUUCUGCAUGCCAAGGACAUGGUGAUGAAUGGAGCAACAAACAAAAUAAUACAUACUGUCGAUUCCUACGUGCUCAUAAUUGCCAUAUCCUACUACUUUUCCCUUGAGCAGUUAGGUCUCAAAGAGUUGUGGGGAUCUUUUGGUACUGGAAAGCAUCACAGCUAUAUAGCUGCGCAUGAUUUGGCACAUCAUCUGGGUGAAGAGAGAGCAGAAGCCAUGAGAGGGUACCAUGCAUUCACAGAUGAUUUGGAUGAGGAGCCUGGCUCUUCGUAUCAAAGGUUUUGUAGCCCGACUUCGAUCUGUGCUUCGGCUUUGAGUGAGUCUAAGGAGAGAAUAGUGGCGGAAACGGAGCGCAUGAUUGACAGCGAUGACUCUGAUAAAGAUCCCACUUACAACCAGGAUCCAGGCUUUUUAAUACAACCAGAGGAUUUAUUUGGAGAACAAUAG